GGAAAUUGGAAGCCGGGGUGGGAGCGAGAUAGUCAAAUUGGCAAUCUUGACGGCAUUUCUUGUACUACUGCUUGCAAGCAAAGCAGAGCAGGUGCUGUGAGUUCUUCUUUGCAAAUAGAGAGCUGAGAGGCUGGUGCAUGAGGUGCCGGAGUGCUGUGUGGAAAGAACUGUGUUGAAUCCAUGGACCAUCCCCAGUUCUGUCAAUAGUGGUAGAAGGCCAACGGCAGGAAGUCCCCUAACAUUUUGCUCAGCGGGGAACGGAGCUGAGCUGGGAUCAUUCCCCAUAAGAGGAAAUGUCUGCAGCUGAAGAAGGAGAAGCCUCGUCCCUGUGUCCCUAGUUCCAAUCUGCACUUGAACGGUGGCUGCAGCUGGGGAUGGCAUCUGAGGGGCAGGGACCCCCUGGGCCCUGGAGAGAGAAAGGAUCAGAGGAUGUGCCCCAGGCAGGUGCUAUGGGGCAGUUUCUGAGAUGGACAGCGGAACGGGUUAAAAAGGAACUGGGUGAGGGGCCGCUCUCACAGCACUGGGAAAUCCAGUGGCAGGCAUUCCUGAAGGCCAUCUGGAACCCUCACUCGGAACAGCUGCUAGAAAACGUGCCCAAGCGUGAUAGCAAAACCUUCCUUUCUCACUCUGAGGGAACAGCUCCCAUUGCUUUGCUGAGUGCAGAAGACUUCCUGGGGACAUCCCGACAACCCGGAACAGAAUAUCCUGGCAACUUGGACUCUGGGAACUGGGGAGCUUCCAGGAAAGUGAAGGAAGAAAUCACGAGUGAGGGUGCUGGUGGCUCAGAGACACAGCGCCAGCGCUUCAGGCAGUUCCGCUACCAGGAGGCCGAGGGGCCCCGCGAGGUCUGUGGCCGCCUCUGGUUCCUUGGCCAUCAGUGGCUGAAGCCAGAGAGGCGCACCAAGGAGCAGAUCUUGGAGCAGAUAAUUCUGGAGCAAUUCACGGCUGCCCUGCCCCAGGAAAUGCAGAGCCGGGUCAGGGAAAGCAGCCCGGAGACCUGCUCCCAGGCAGUGGCCCUGGCAGAGGAUUUCCUGCUGGGGCAAAAAGAAUCCAAGAGCCGGGAAGAACAGAUUCCGGGGCUCGUCCAGGAGGUGACACUCAAUUUCUCCGAUGAGGAGGAGAAUGAGCAGCCUCCGUCUGAAUCCGAACAGAGGCUUCUUGGUGGGGAAGUCAAGCAGAAGACCGAAGGGGAUGACAGUUCAUUGGCAGAUGAUACAUGGGAGAGUGAGAAUGAGUGGGAACCACAUGAGGCGUGGUCAGAAGAAAGCGAGGGUGAAGAGGAGGAAGAAGAUUUGGGGAAUCAAGCCGGCCUAAAAUUGCAGGAGGAAAAUCAGUCAGAGAAGUGGAGGCAGGAAUCUCUCGCUGGCCAGCUGGGGACCUUCUAUGAGAUCUCAGCCCAUCAGAAAAUGCGCCUUGAGAAAAAGCAGAGCACGUGCAGCGUGUGUGGGAAAGGCUUCAGCCGCAAAUCGAACCUCCUUCGGCACCAGAGAAUCCACACUGGAGAGGAGCCCUAUAAAUGCCCCGACUGUGGGAAAAGAUUCCGCUGGAGCACAAGCCUCAUUGCCCACCAAAGAAUCCACACAGGAGAAAAACCACACAAAUGUCUCAAGUGUGGGAAGAGCUUCAACCACAGCCAAAACUUCACCAGGCACCAGAGACUCCACCGAGGGAAGAAGCCCUAUAAGUGCACCAAUUGUGGGAAGAGCUUUCGGUGGAGCUCAAAUCUGGCAAUACACCAGAGAAUCCAUGCUGGAGAGCAGCCUUUUAAAUGUUCGGACUGUGGGAAAAGUUUCAGCUACAAAUCCAGUCUGAGCAGGCACCAGAGAAUCCACUUGGGAGAGGAGAGAUACAGUUGCCCAGUCUGUAGGGCAAGCUUUGCUUUUAAAUCAAGCCUUAUUAGACAUCAGAGCAUCCACUUGGAAGAAAAACCAUAUCAGUGCUCAGACUGUGGAAAAGGUUUUAGCCAUCGACAGAACCUUAUUACACAUCAGAUAAUCCACACAGGGCAAAAUCAGAAAAAUGGCCAAUUUAUACAAUAAACUUCUGUCCUAAACUGAAGCUUAGUAGACAAAAAAGAAUCCAGUAGGAAUGACGCAGUCAGUCAGUAGAUCAGAUUUAUGAAUGCACAAGAAGAGAGGAAGAAAGAGGUGCUCCUGAAACCAGCAAAUAACAGAACCAAGAGAACAAUGAACAAUAUAUACUAGACAUAUUUUAUAAAAGGCAAUAGAGAACAGUCAUAGUAAAAAUGAACCUGGGUACAGGCCCCCUGAAAUGGAGGGUAUAGAUAGGAAGUGUACUGCUGUACCUGCAUUCAACAUAAAAUGUGAAUAACUGUACCUGCAUACAGAUCUGUACUGUGUACCCUGUAAACACGUGAAUAACUACUGUGUACAGAUCUAUACUUAGCCCCAUUCAGACAUUAUUUUAAAAAAGGAGGCUGGACUCGAUUACAGCCUCCAAAAGCUUACACCUGGCACAUCAAUCAUUCAGGUUCCUUGAUGCCUCACUCACUCACUUACAGCAUUUGUCUAAAAGAGGCAAAUGCUGUUACUCUUGGGGCCUGGGAUCUUAAGAUCUAGGGCAGGCUUCCCCAGCCAGCGGCCCUCCAGAUGUUGCUGAACUACAACUUCCAGCAUCCCUAGCCACAAUUUAUUGUGGAGGGCCGCAGGUUGGGGGAAGCCUGAUCUAUGGAGUUUAGGUUUAUGUCCUCUUAAUGGACUUCUGAUGCCUUAUUCAUGCUCUUUAUGCCGUCUUAUAUCCCUGUCAUUUUAUGCCUUUUGUGCCUUUUAUACUUUGUACUUUAUGCUGGUUUAAGACAGUAAUAAUACAGAUUGAUUGAUUGAAAGCAAGAUGGCAAGUGCUUCUGUGAUUGGGAAACGCCUGCGUUGGAGCCCCUCAAUCACAUGUGCCUGCCGUCCUGCUUACAGCAUUUGCUGUAAGCGUGAGCGAGGUGUCAGGGGACCUGAAUGAUUGAUGCACCAGGCAGGACUCCUGGUAAGCUUCUGGAGGCUGUACCCGAGUACGUUCUCUUUUUUUAAUAAUGUCUGAAUGGGGCUCUUGUCUACCCUGUAAACAUGUGAAUAACUGUACCUGUGUACAGAUCUCUACCCAUAUACACUUUGGUGUUGGACCUAAUGUCUGAAUAGGGCUAUACAUGAAAGCUCUGUUCAGACAUCAUGUUGAAUACUUACAUCAAAUGUACAGCAGACACAGGUACAGAUCCAGUUAUUCACAUGUUAUCCUGAACACAGGUACAGCAAUACACCUCUGCACUAUGCAUUUGAGAGGCCUGUACCCAGGCUCACUUUUAAAAUGAGUGCAGGUACAGUCAUUCACACAAAAACAUGUAUGACUGGAGCCCGUCUUGCAAUUGCGGAAGCACCUGUCAUCAUGCAUGGGACUUUCCCCUCCCUCUUUGCCCCUCUGUACAUGGCUGCAGUGGGGUGAUUUUAUAAUGCUUCAAUGAGGUUUGUAUAGAUACCUGUACACUCAUACCAGUGUCUGAAUAGGACUAAUGGGUCCUAUUCACAUGUUAUGUUGAAUAUUUACACAUUCAGACAUUGCAAGAAACUGGUUUAUGAAAGCAGGAUACCUGUAACUGUGCUGGAUGUGCAAAGGGAUGAGGGACGAGGAGGUCUGCAUUCAGCCAGUGUCGAAUGAUUGGUUGGAGGGGAAGGGAUCCAUCAGAAGAUCAGAGCAUAUCUUUUAUUGAUCUUUCUGUAGCUUACAGACAAGAAUCAUGUUUCCGUAUAUAAGAUUUUUAAAAAUACUUUAUGGAUUAGUUAGAUCUUGCUUAAGAUCCUCAGUUGGAGAUUGUUGGAUAUCCAAUGUAACUUGUCCCUGGGCAAACCUACAAACUUUGGGAUGUUCUCAUUUGCAAAGAGGUGGCACCAAUCUCGUUUCCAGUCAAAUGUGGAUAGAAAAGAAGAGCAGCACCAAAGAUCUGAAAAUAAACCAAAACAAGAAGCAAAAUCUCAAACUGAUGUUUUAGAGGGGGGGGGGUUCCAACCUUGGGUCCCCAGAUGUUGUUGGACUACAACAUGAUGGAAGUUGUAGUCCAACAACCUCUGGUGUUCCAGGCUUGGAAACUCCUGCUCUGAAACAGAAACACAGAUUGUGCUAUGUAAUAUGUCCUGCUCAUUUUGACUUACAAGCUUCUUUGGGAGCAUUGCCCAAUGUUUUCACAGCAGUUCGCUUCACAUGUGUUUUUAUCAGCAUUUGAAACGUGUUAAAGCUUGCUUAUCAGAAUGUGAAGUUAAAUCAGAAGUUUAAAACAUGUUAAAUCCAGCCAAUGCCAAGCCUACAAAUUCUGAGACAACAUCAUGAUUCUGCCUCUGUGUUUGUCAAAAUAUAUUAGGCCUGUUCACACAAUCAUUUGAAUCUGAGUUUAAUGUGGCUCACCCACAUUAGUAUGAUCGUAUGAACCCAUGCCAAGGUGGGCUAUAAAACACCUUAGCAUGCGUUCUUACAAUCACUUCAGUGUUGGUAACCCACAUUAAGCUCAUAUUCAAAUGACUGUAUGAACACAAGCCUAUGUUUUGGUUGGUUUUGGUUUAUAAUGAAAUUGAAUAAAAGAAGAUUUUUCUUCUUAAAGGUGGGAGGAAGGGGGUGGGGAAUCAAUUUUGGGGGGUUGGUUAAAUUAUAUAUUUGUUACCUUCUUGUGACCUUCAUGUAGAAAACCUUUGUUGUCUCUCCAAUCGCAGUUGGGAAUUUCAGCUCUCCUUUCUCCUUGCUCUCCCCUCAUUCCCACCCACGUGUGAAGUUUGUUGGGCUCCUCGCUGACCUGUGUGCACUGAGAAAAGAAAUGAACCUCCAGGAAAAGACAAACGUGUAUCAAGCUAUCCCAAAUCCUGCACCUAAGAAUUCUGAACUUGGCGACCUGUGAGCAACACAUUAUCUACAGUGCGGGGGGGGAGUUGGUCCCCCAGCAGUUUUGAUACUUGGCUACUUGGAUCAUUUGAGUGAAGCUGCCCCCUCCCCCUGGAAGUGGCUGUGGUGCUGGAGUUGGUAGCACCUUUUGAAGCAGAAAUCGGCUGCAGCCCAGAAUGAAAAUGGAGAAGGACCCAACGGAUCCAGAAGUGCCAAGCCCAUCUGGGGAGGUGGAUGGGUGUUUCUCCAAAGCAGUCCAAACUUGGAUGGAUGCUGGUCAAAGGCCACUUUGCAGGGUGGUCAAACAGGAGAGCGAAGAUGAUGUCAUCUUUGGAAGAGAUGGACUGAUUAGUGAAACUGAAGGACAGUCAUUGGGGCUAUUGUGUGCCAAACCUGAGCAUGAGGAGGUGGAAGAAGAGUCUAAACAUCUAAAGAGAAAGAUGGAUACCCAGGCAGAGAAAGAGACAGGUUGGGGAGGGACAUCACAUGCCAUGCAAGAACAGGCUCUAAAAGGAAAUGGUCAUCCAUGUCAUCAUGCACUUCUCAGCCCUCUGAGGCGGGAUGUGCCCAAAUGUGGAUUCCCAAAUUGCAAGAAAAGCUUUGAUUAUAAAGCAAAACUGAUUACACCCCAAAGGAUCCAAAUGGGAGAGAAACCAUAUAAAUGCUCAGUAUGUGAGGAGAACUUCAAUCAAAUCCUGUAUCCUAGACACUGCAGAUGUCACAUGGAAGAGAGCAAGUAUCUGUGUGCAUCCCGUAUUGGUGAGAAUCCAUAUGGGUGCGCAGAGCCCGAAUCAGUGCACAAACUAAGCUUCGACCCACAGCAGCCUCUUAAGCAUCUGAGAAUCCACAAGGAGAAACCCACUGUUGGAGAAAGUUCCUCUUCUCGGGUAAGAUCCAGAAGACCUUGGCAGAGACGUGCUGAUGAGAAUCCCCACCAGUGCGCUGAUUGUGGGAAAAGCUUCCAUUAUAGGUCACAGCUGAUUAGGCAUCAGAGGGUGCACACUGGAGAAAAACCCUAUCAUUGUGCAGACUGUGGGAAAUGCUUCAGCCAGCGCUCGCACUUCAAUGACCAUCAGAAAUCCCACAAGGGAGAGAAUCCAUACAGAUGCUCAGACUGUGAGAAGAGCUUCAGCUAUGUAUCACAGUUGCUCAUACACCAGAGAUCCCACACGGGAGAAAAACCGUUUCCCUGCCUGGAUUGUAGUCGGCGUUUCAGUCGGAAAGCGCACCUCCUUCGGCAUCAGAGAAAUAUCCAUGCAUCCGUACAGCCAGCACAGUCUGAGUCUAAACAGUUUGUGACUCGCCAAGCUAAACACAGCACCCUGGGAAUGUAGGCAUAGCAGCACGCAAAGGUGCUCAUCCACUCAUGUUUUUGUUGGCAACAAAAACUGGAGGUCUACUCAGUUCCCCCAGUAGGCUACCCUGUUUGGCUAGUGGGCCACAUCCAGCUCUGUAUGGGAGGUCAUGUUUGUUGUGAGAAAUUCUGCUGUCUCAUUAUGAUGCAGAAACAGGGAGAGACAGCAGGGGCAUGGAGACUUAAAACAAAUGGAGCAGGGACUGCUUGCCACAGAGAGGCUGUUGCUUGGCAACAGUAAUGUGGGCCUUGCUUCCUAGGCGGCUGUGAGGAAGAUGGGAUUCACAUGAGCCGGCAAUAGCUUUUUCACAAAAUACGAUGAAAAGCAAACCUCUAGUCACGGGAUAGGGGUUUGUUCCCAGAGAGGUUUUGUCUCCUGUGGGCAGCACACUUGUGUGUGUAUCUAUGUAUAAAGCAACUCGUUUGCUGAAUAAAACAUACAAAAGAAUCAAAA